UCAAUCCCAAAACAAAAAUCUGACACAGAAUCUCCACCCAGAUUCCAACUCUGCCGUUUUUACUGUCUCCAAAGAAUCCCACAUCCAAAAAAAUUUCAUUUUGCAUUAUUUAUUUAUUUGUUUAAUUUCACACUGCUUUGCUUCUUUUUCUUUUAUGUAAUAAUAUUUGUUUAUAACUAUAUAUAUAUAUAUAUAUAUAUAUAUUUGAUUUUUGGAGGGUUGUGGAAAAUUGGAAGGAAAAGCAGAUUCUUGGAUUCAAUGGUCAUGUUAUAAAACCCCCAUAUUUUAAUAUUACUUUCAAAGAUUGUUGGGCAUCAAUUUCAAUAUCUCCGACUUCUGUAUAAACCUCUCUCUCUCUCUCUGGUAGUUUUUUAUAUACAUCAUCAACCUCUCGGCAAAAACUCUCUGAAAAAGCAUAAUACAAUUUUCUCUAGCUUCUUUGCAAAUUCUUUUUUCUUAGUUUCAAGAAUUUUAACCAAAACAAUUGCUUCGAUUUAAUUAGUAAAGAAUGGCAAUAAAACCAAAUAAGUUCGUGAAAAGCAUUGUUCCGGAGGAAUGGAAGAAGGUGCUUCAAGCGGUGGCUUCUGAGUUUGGGGAUAUCGUGGAUGUUGAAGAAUUGGAAGUGAUUCCAUUGAAAGGGGCUAUGACUAACGAGGUUUACCAGAUAAACUGGUCUACAAAAGAUGAUGAUGUUUCCCGGAAAGUGUUGCUUCGAGUUUAUGGGGAUGGAGUUGAUAUCUUCUUCAACAGGGAUGAUGAGAUUAAAACCUUUGAGUGCUUGUCCAAACAUGGUCAAGGACCUCUCCUACUUGGCCGAUUUGCAAAUGGAAGGGUUGAAGAGUUCAUCCAUGCUAGAACACUUUCAGCCAAUGACCUCCGUGAUCCUGAAAUAUCUGCUCUCAUAGCAGCUAAGAUGAGAGAGUUCCACAAACUUGACAUCCCUGGCCCCAAGAAUGUUGUCCUUUGGAACAGAAUGAGAAACUGGAUAAGCGAGGCCAAGAGUUUGUGUUCGUUAAAAGAUGCUAAGGAAUUCAGGUUGGAUACUCUUGAGGAUGAAAUUAACAUGCUAGAGAAGGAAUUAUCUCAUGACUAUCAAGAAAUCGGGUUUUGUCAUAAUGAUCUGCAGUAUGGUAACAUAAUGAUGGAUGAAGAUAGUAGAGCAAUCACUUUAAUUGACUAUGAGUAUGCCAGUUACAAUCCUCUAGCCUAUGACCUUGCAAACCAUUUCUGCGAAAUGGCAGCAAAUUACCAUUCCGACAAACCUCAUAUAUUGGAUUAUAGCUUAUACCCAGAUCUGGAGGAGCGCCAGAGGUUUGCACGUGUAUAUCUUAGCUGUUCAGGCAAUGAACCCAGUGACAGAGAAGUGGAGCAACUGGUUAAUGAGGCGGAGAAGUUCACUUUGGCAAACCAUCUAUUUUGGGGCUUGUGGGGAAUAAUUUCUGGUUAUGUGAACAAAAUCGACUUUGAUUACAUGGAGUAUGCAAGGCAGAGGUUUCAGCAGUACUGGUUGAGAAAGCCGGCAUUGUUGGGUUCUUCCGGUGAUUCUCCACUGUAAAGGGCAUUUACAAGUGUAUUCUGCAUAGAAGGCAACACGUAAUUUUUCUUGAUUGUUGUGUGGUUGAUGAAAUUUUUUUUUUUUUUUUUUCCUCCAUUUUUACAAGUCUCUGGAAAGUGAGUAUGUGUAGAGGUUGUGUGGCUAAUCACAGCCCUGUUCAAAGAAAUGAGAAAAACAAAUAUGCAGCUUGAUAAUAAAAGUCGAAUAUAGAAAUGUUACUAUAACAAUAUAGAGCAUCUUUAAUGAUAAAUAGUGAAAUUUUAUUUGUGUCCAA